CCACCCAUCAUGCUCGCUCGUCACACCCUCUCUGCGCUGCGUACGCUUCCACGCACCGCCUCCCCCGCCGCCGGCGCAGCUUGCUUUUCCACCACGGCCCUUCGCUCCUCGUAUGAAGAUACUCUCAAGAAUCUCAUGAUCAAGGCCGACUCAAAGGUCAUCUGUCAAGGUUUCACAGGUGGGACAGCCACAUUCCACUGCGAGCAGUCCAUUGCCUAUGGCACCAACCUCGUCGGUGGAGUCUCACCCAAGAAGGCCGGUCAGACUCACCUGGGCAAGCCCGUCUUUGGAAGUGUGAGAGAGGCAAUGAAGGAGACCAACCCACACGCUAGCGUCAUCUAUGUUCCCCCACCCGCCGCAGCCGACGCCAUCAUCGAGGCCAUCGAGGCCGAAGUGCCCCUCAUCGUCGCCAUCACCGAGGGUAUCCCCCAGGCAGAUGAGAUCCGUGUAGCUCACGCUCUGCGAGCACAGAGCAAGUCUCGUCUAGUGGGACCCAAUUGCCCUGGUGUGAUCAACCCAAAGGGCUGCAAGAUUGGAAUCAUGCCCGGACAUAUCCACACACCGGGAAAGAUUGGAAUCGUAUCCCGCUCUGGAACACUUACCUACGAGGCCGUAGCACAGACUACAAACGUGGGGCUCGGUCAGUCCAUCUGUGUGGGAAUCGGAGGUGACCCUUUCCCCGGAUCCACUACGCUGGACCUGGUGAAGCUGCUGCUGGAAGACGACGCUUCAGAGGGACUAGUGGUCAUUGGAGAAAUUGGAGGAGACAUGGAGGAGCAAGCCGCCGAGUACCUCUUGAAGCACAAUGCUUCUCGCGCCAAGCCCAAGCCCGUAGUGGGCUUCAUUGCCGGUCUGACGGCUCCCAAGGGUAAAGUCAUGGGUCAUGCUGGAGCCGUCAUUUCUGGUGGAAAGGGUGGAGGUGAGGACAAGAUCAAGGCGCUGGAAAAGGCGGGAGUCAAGGUGGCCAGGUCGCCUGCGCAGAUUGGUGCUCUGAUGAAGAAGGCCAUGGAGGAGGCUGGUCUCGCUUAGAGGCAAGGCAGGACCAGUGGGAGAAGGAAGAAAAGAAAGGGAAGCCUGUGGAGAUGGCAGGCGUUGAGCUGAUGCUCUGUGAACCAGAAAGUGUGAAGUGGACCCUUCUGUUUCCUUCCUCGAUCUAGAAGCGAU